UCGAUAAUUUUAUUAAGUCACGUGGUUCAUAAUAGCCGCUCAUUUACUGCAUAAUAAUCUGCAUAAUCAAGCUGCUGCAUACAAUUGCAAAGAAAUGCUUUGAUGGUAGCAAUUUUAAAUAACUAAGAACAUAGGAAAUCAGAUUACAGGUAUUAUUAAAAUAUUGUGAUCAGUUCCUUUGUUCUUGCAACAAUAUUAGAGUGGAAAUGCAAUUUAAUUCAAUUAGAAAAUUCACUACAAGGGCAUUCAGUUACCUUCUUGAGCCCCAACAACAAUCUAGUCUAGCAUACAAUCGUUAUAAUUUAGAAGUAAAAUAUAGUUAUGAUCGACCUGAGUUUCUAGAAUUGGAUAGUGAAGCUAAAACAGCAUCUGCUGAUCAUGAGAUUCGGCCAAUAAUAUGUCCCAAACAUCCAUUAGUUAUGAAAGCAGGAUAUGCAGAAGUAAUAAAUGGUGGAAAAACUGAAAAUAUAAAUGAAGAUCAAAGCUGUUUUCAUGCUUUUACUGUUACUGUACCAGUUGAUCAGAGAGCUGUUGAUUGGACUUCUGAUAAGUACAAAAUAAAUUGUAUUUUGUUUGGCAUGUUCGAUGGUCAUGCUGGAACUGGGGCAGCAUUAUUUGCUUAUCACAAUAUUAAAAAACAUGUUAUAAAAGAAUUGACGCAAAUUUCACACAUAAUUGUGUUAUCAAAUGAAGAGAUUUUGAAUCAAUAUCUUUCAACAGGCCUUAUAACAACUAUCAAUGCUGAAAAAUUAAUUAUUGGUGCCUUAGAAAAUGCAUUUUUAUCUAUAGACGAGGAAAUUAAAGAUCAGAGAAUAAAUAAUCGCAUUGAAGGAGGCUGCACUGCUGUUGUCGCUUUGUUUAUUAAAGAUCAGCUUUAUGUUGCAAAUGCUGGCGACUCACGUGCAAUAAUCUUUAAAAAUGGAAUUCCUAUCCCUAUGUCAUCAGAUCACAAUCCUGAUUCAGAGCGUCGCAGAAUUCAAAGUGUUGCAAUGCUUAAACCUUCCUUGUUAGGUAAUAUUUAUACACGGUACCAGUUUCAACAUCGAUGUCAUAAAAAAGAUAUAGGAACAAAACAAUUAUUUAGAGAUUAUAAUAUGGAAGGUUGGCAUUUAAAAACUAUUGAUAAACAUGAUAUUAAGCCGCAAAUUAUUUGUGGUGAGGGUAAAUACUCAAGAUUGUUGGACACAAUAGGGACAACUCGUGGAUUCGGUGAUCAUGAUUUAGAAGUACCUUACUCUGUUGGCGUAAAAAUAAAACCGUUCAUGUUAGCUGCUCCGGAUGUCAAGGUAUUUCAGCUUAGCGGUAGUGACUUAAAUGAAGAUGAUGUGCUUGUUAUUUCUACAGAUGGAUUGUGGGAAAAACUUACUAUAGAAAACGUAAAUGAAAUUCUCAAAAACAAGUUAUCAAAUCAGGAACCAUCUGACCCUAGACGUUAUAUUGUUGCUGCACAAAGUCUUGUUGAUGAAGCUCGAGGUUCUUUUACCGAACAUGGUUGGAGGACGAUAGAUAAUAAAAAUGGUAGUUACGAUGAUAUAUCUGUAUUUGUAAUUCCUUUAGCAAAUUGGAAAGCAGACCUUAGUUUUAUUUUGCAAAAGCAUAGUAAUGAUGAUAGUGUUAAUGAUUCCUUAUUUUAAUGAUAAUGGUGAACACUCAAA